AUGAAGCUUAGCCUGACGGAGCAGGAGGAAGUUAUGAAGGAGUUUUCCGACCCUGUGGAGUUCAUAAGGGAGUAUGUGGAUGUUUAUGAAAAGCAAAGAAAUGUGCCUGUAAAAGUGUAUUUAGAGGACAUUUCAUAUUACGAGAGGUUUGAACCAAUUUUUCUUGAUCUUGUGAUAGGAAGGGCACUUUCCGAGGGAUCUUCUGACCUGAAUCUCCCGGAGGUGGAGGAACUGCUGCAUGAGUUCUGUAAAAAAGAGUUUUAUGACGAAAGAUUCUAUCUUGAAUGUACUCUGGUCCUUAUCAAGGGAAUAGCAAUAUUGAUAGACAGGGUGGAUCAAGAGGUGCAAAGACAGAAUUUUAAUAACCUCCGGUAUCUGUAUUACUACACAACAGAGCCGAUUGAUCUAACACGGAUGCUUGUUGAUCCCUAUACAAGAUACAUUGAGGAUCCGCAGAUCCUGGUUAGCAGGAUGGCAGAGCUCCGGAGGACCGUGGAGUUUGUAAAUAAGCAGGUGAAGGGGGUUGGAAGCUCAUUUCUUGCAAAAGACAGCCGACUGAAAGACAGAAUGAAUCUGUCUGAAGGGAUUCUGGGGCAAAAAAGAAUAGACGACUACAAGAUCGAGGAUGUGUAUGGUAGUAUAUUUGAUCUUCUCAUGGUGAAAGCCACGGGGAUGGAGGUGGAGCUAGGGUAUGUAUACAUAAUGGGUUUCUGUAGUGAAUUUCUUGUAUCUGAGCUUGGAGACGAGGAGUCUAUUCUCCGUCUGAAAGAGUAUGCAAACAGUCUGCUGAGCAAAAAAGAAGCAUAA